AUGAAAAUGAAACUUCUCUUCCUUAUUGAAAUAUUGGCCUCGGCCCAUGCUGCAGUUCUCCCGCAAGUCGCUUCGAAGUCCCUCAGCUACCGACAAGUAGCCGAAAACACCAGCGAGAUUCGUUGGUAUGUUACGCCAGGCAAGAAAACCAAUGUCCUGCAGACAACCGAAGAUUUUUCAUACCAGUACGAAGUGACAGUUGCUUACACGCAAAUCACAAGCGUCCAUGCGGAAGACACUUACCUAACUGCCAACGUUACGGAAGCAUUCCGCUCUUAUUACCAAGUCUACACCUAUCACAAGGAUGCUCUCAUAGGCUGGAAUGACUCUGCAUCUCCAUUACAUGUUUUCUGCCGGCUCGACCAAUAUGGCAGCAUUCUCACGCCUCUUGCAAAACUCGCCUGGGAUCCGGAACAAGUCUCUUUCGUGGAAAUUGAUCAGAAGACGAAGAACUCUUCGAUGUAUGUGGCGCUGCUCCUCGGGGACAGCGCUGCCGGCACUAGUCAUGACGAGAUCUUCGAAACACUCGAGCUGCGACGCGCGUACGUCGAGUCUCGGUUGAAUGCCCAUCCAGAGUUAGCAAGUGGCCUCAACAACUUUAUCCAGAGCGGAAAGUCCCUGCAGACGAGUGUUGAUGGUGGAAAGGUUUUUAUGGAUUCGCUCCAGGCUGAUUCACCCUUCACGUAUGCAACCUUUUGGGAACACGUUGCUCUUGAAGAGUACUGGUUCGAUACCCCAGGCAGCGCCACGACGUUCUUUAAUGGCCUACCUAAGCUUGGUUCUCUGCUUUGGCAAGGCUCCGCAGGAUCUUACGCAGUUGCUGGGGUGCCGAAAUUAAUCUUUGAGAAGGAUACCAAUAGACUCUGA